GGCGUGACGUAUAUCCGGCGAGUAGCUGGCGGUCCCGGGUGCUGCUGUCUGUGUGCAGUGAGGGAGGGUCUUAGCCGCCCGCCACCGCCGGAGGAACCCUCUCGGGCCGUAGUAAACAUUAAUAAUGUCUUUCAUCUUUGAGUGGAUCUACAAUGGCUUCAGCAGCGUGCUCCAGUUCCUAGGACUCUACAAAAAAUCUGGAAAACUUGUAUUCUUGGGUUUGGACAAUGCAGGCAAAACCACUCUUCUUCACAUGCUCAAAGAUGACAGAUUGGGCCAGCACGUUCCAACACUGCAUCCGACAUCAGAAGAGCUGACAAUUGCUGGCAUGACUUUUACAACUUUCGAUCUUGGUGGGCAUGAGCAAGCACGUCGGGUUUGGAAAAAUUAUCUCCCAGCAAUUAAUGGGAUUGUCUUCCUGGUGGACUGUGCAGAUCAUUCUCGCCUCAUGGAAUCCAAAGUUGAGCUUAAUGCUUUAAUGACUGAUGAAACAAUAUCCAAUGUGCCAAUCCUUAUCUUGGGUAACAAAAUUGACAGAACAGAUGCAAUCAGUGAAGAAAAACUCCGUGAGAUUUUUGGGCUUUAUGGACAGACCACAGGAAAGGGGAAUGUGACCCUGAAGGAGCUGAAUGCCCGCCCCAUGGAAGUGUUCAUGUGCAGCGUGCUCAAGAGGCAAGGCUACGGCGAGGGUUUCCGCUGGCUCUCCCAGUAUAUUGACUGAUGUUUGGACAGUGAAAAUAAAAGAGUUUUACUUCUCUGGACUGAUCCUAUUCACAGCUUCCUCAUGAACUUUUCUAAUAGAACAAGAAAAGCUCUCCAACCAAGUCUGGCGUUGAGAAGCCAAGAGUCUUUGUCAACUCUCUCAUUGCCCAGUGGUGACAUGUGCUCUUCUCCACACUUUUGGGAGGUAAUGCUGCCCCAUGUGCUGGUGCAGGUCAGGAUCCCAGGACUUGGAAGCUGGCAGAAUUUGCCGGGUAAAACUGUGUGCCAUCAUGGGGCACCUGAAAAGAAAAACACGUCUCACCACUGUGGUUGAUUUCAAAGAAAGUGAUUCUAUUUUUUAAAGAAAGUGUUGUUAAUGUAAUUGGUAUCCCUCUUAAUUUUUUAAGUUCACAAUUUACUUGGUCCAGAGUUUAGUAUUCUUUUUUUUUUUUUUUUAACUAAUGAGUGGCAUUUAGAUACUUCAUAAAAUUAUGAACAGAUGCAUAUUGGAGGCCAUAACUCAGGCAGGUGAGUUAGGUUGAGGAGAGAAGCUCUCCUGAGCUCACCUGUCUCUAUGACUACCUUGUAGUAGGUGGCAUCACCUUGUGCACAGAAAACUAGAAAAGGGGCAGAACCCUGGCCUCGCAGUUAUAGCAGGUUUCCACUGUGGUAAGCUCAUCAAAGAAUGUGUAGUAGGUUGUUCACUGAGGAGGAGUUAAUUAUAGAGUGGUUAUUAUUAUUGUUAUUUUACUUACAAAAUAAUAGAUUUCAGCCAGUCUUUGCUUUUAUACUGUUGUGAAAUUUCAUUUCUCCAUAGCAUCGUCCAUUUUCAAGUAAUUUUUCACUUCAUGAAAAAGGUGAGACCAUCUCGUGUCGUCACAUACUGCAGGUGUGUCUGUUACUUUUGCACGGAUUCUAGGGGGAAAUAUUUCUGAAUAGGAGGACAAAGAACACAUUAAGAGCUCUUAAUUCUGUGAGUUGAGGACUUAAAAUCAGUUACUAUAGUGGUUGUGUGAGUUUAGGAAAGAUGUACUGAGUGGGCUUUAAAAUUUUCACUUGUAGAAUUUGGUCUCUAUUGGGCUGUUCAUGAGUCUUUUUCUUAAAUCUUUUCUCCUUAUUAUCUAUUUCUUUCAUUGGUAUUUAAAGUAAAAGUUAACAUCUAUAGUUUUUCCAGAUUUGGGUGGGGGUUGGUAUGAAAUUGCCUUUCUCCAGCUCAGAAAUAAUUUGGGGAAAACGUUAACUCAAACACUUCCUGUAGAACUCUUCCUUUGGAGGCAGCAUCAGUUAUUGUCACGGAAGACCCAGUAUAAAAGCAUCAGCAUCCCCAGUGGGGGGAUGAGGAUUAUUUUUAUAUAGCAUUCCAUUUUCUUAGUGCCAUGUGUGAAAUUGGAUUUUCAUGAUCUUAAUCUAUACCCUUGUAGUAAAAGAUGAAAGGCUAGGAGAUGGUCUUAAGAUGAGAGGUUGUCAUUUUUCCCUUCAUAACAGAUUAGAGGUUGUUUCCUCAGAAUUUAAAAUUGUAAUGAUGAUGCUUAUUUGUGGAGGAUUGAACUAAAUUCAGUGGAUUUCUUCUACUACCAGGGUACGGAAGGUGUGGAUAACAUUACUGGGGUGAGAGAGUAUCAGUGUUUAGUUGGAUUUCUCAUUCUUAGCCUUCAGUACUGACCUGUUAGGAAAGCAUACUUUCUCACUGCCAGGUACUGAAUGCAGAGGCUCAAUGGCAUAUAUGUCUGCGAAGUGCAUGCAUUUCAUUUAUUAGCAAGCAUAGCUGGAUUAAGAUAAAAUUAUUGGUUUGGAAAGGUGUUAAGCCUUAAGUGAACAAGUCUAGCUGUGAAUGAAUUAGGUAGUCAACUUGCAUACCUUUUUUAUUUCCUCUGGUUAAAGGUUACCCAUAUUUCUCUGUUCAGAGACAUGAGAAGUAUGAUUGCUUCAGUGUUAGUUUUCUUACUUUUAUUUUUUUCCCUAAUCACUUUGUUGCAAGCUAGACAACUAUGGGUUCCACAUAGGACAACUCUUUGUGAAAGUGGUUUAUUCCACUGGAGAAAGAGGGGAUCGAAAAGUCAAUUAGCAUCAGUCUAUUUCUUGUCCCACAGAACACCAUUUUUAUAAUAAAAUAAAUGAAAGAAGCUGCUGUGAGGAGCUUAGCUCUAAACGUGGGAUCAGAGCCUUGUAUGGGAACUCCCAUGAGUUGAGACUUUUCAUUCUGUUUUAUCAGAGUGCAUAUAUGUCCUAUUUCAGGAAGAGUAAAACAGUCAUUUACAAAAGAAAGUCAAUCUGUAUUCUAAGCAUUUUAAUAAAAAGUUAAAACAAA